AUGCCGCCGGCGGUGCGUGUGGCUGUGGCCGCGGCGCUGGCGCUGGCGCUGGCGGCGAGCGCGGAGGCGUGCGGCGCGCUGCCGGCGGGCUGCGCGUGCGGCGAGGCGGGCGCGCGCCUGCACUGCCGCGCCGCCGCGCUGCGCCGCCUGCCGCCGCUGCACGCCCGCCUGCUAGAGCUGGACGUGUCCGACAACAACAUCACCGCGCUGCCCCCGGAGGCGCUGCAGUCCGCCACCGCGCUGCGCGAUCUGAACCUGUCUGCCAACCGGCUGGAGCAGGGCGCGGCGGCGGGCGCGCUGAGCGGGCGCGCGCUGGCUCGGCUGUGGCUGGACCGGUGCGGGCUGCGCCGGCUGCCGCGCGCCUCCUGGCCCGCCUUGCUGCUGCUGUCGGUGGCGGACAACGAGUUGGAGACGCUCACGGUGGCCGAGCUGAACGGCGCGCGCGGACUGCGCGUCCUUCGCGCGCCCGGCAACCGCCUGCGCGCGCCGCCCGCCGCGCUCGCCAGCACGCCGCGCCUGCAGGCGCUGGACCUGGGAGGCAACCUGCUGGGCGCGCUGCCCGCCGCCGCGCUGCCGCCGCUGCCCGCGCUGCACACGCUCGUGCUGCGGCGCAACCGCAUCGCGUACAUCGACGAGCGCGCGUUUCUCAACACGCCGGCGCUGCGCGUGCUCCGGCUGGAGGACAACCUGCUGACGGAGCUGCCGGCCGCCGUGCACCGCCUGCCGCUGCUCGAGGACCUGUCCGUGGCGCGCAACCGCGUGGAGCGCGUGGGCGCAGGCCUGCGGGCGUGCGCGCGGCUGGCGCGGCUCGACCUGCGCGCCAACCCGCUGUCGGCGCUGGCGCCGCACGCGCUGGACCACUUGGCCCGCCUGCACACGCUGGAGGUGUCGGACGCGCGCGGGCUGCGCGAGCUGCCGGCGCUGGCGGGCGCGGCGCGGCUGCGCACGCUGCGCGCCGCACGCACGCGCCUCGCCGCCCUGCCGCGCGCCCUCUGCCGGCACGCCCCGCAACUGCGCGCCCUGGAGCUAAGUGGCAACCAGCUGGACGGCGUGCCCGAUCUGCGAGAGUGCGCCGAACUGCGCGUGCUGUCGCUGUCGGACAACGCGGUGCGCGAGCUGGGCGGCGGCGCGCUGCGCGGGCUGCGGCGGCUGCUGGACCUGCAGCUGGCGCGCAACCGGCUGCGGCGGCUGCCCGCCGACGCCUUCGUGCACACGCCGCACCUGCAACUGCUGGACGUGGAGGGCAACCUGAUCGAAUACAUCGACUCCGAGGCGUUCGCUCCGCUCGACGGCCUGGAAGAUCUGUGAGUUCUUACUUUUUUAUACGAGCGGAGAGCAAACGAGCAGCGUCCGCCAACAUUGAUUGGUCCGACGUCGGAACUUACGAUAAACACGGAA